AUGGAGGCCUUUUUGAGGAAGAAAAAAAAAGCAGAAAAGGUAGUGGACAUGGAGAGGGAGCUCCACAGGUACACCUGCAUUUACGAGAACUGCAAAGAGGACGUCUGCAACAUUUAUUUGAAUAUAUAUCGGAAGUGCAAAGAGGGAGUGGAGGAGAAGGCGGAGGAGGUGUUGGAAGAGAAUCCCAGGGGGAUGGAAGAAAUGGUUAAACGUGUGGUGGAGCAGAAAAACAUUAAUGAUGAUGGAGAGGACAAGUCCAUUAAGAAAAGCAUUGACUUGUUGAUUACUCCAUGCAUUUACGAAAUAAAUAGGAGCCCCGAUUAUUUCACCAGCUCCUGCUGCUCGGGGAGGGUAGUAAUUUUUGGCGAAGUAGGAGGCGUGAGAGAGAACAGGAAUUCCUGCAGUGGUGCGAUGUGUAAUAGGAGCGGUUCUGUGGUGGGGGGAGCCGACCUGGGAGACAAUGCCAAUGGUAAGACAAAACGGACCAUCGAACAAGACGCUUUCAUUUCGUACUUGAAAAGGAGUUACCACGAGGAGGGGUGCCACUCGUAUGAUGAGUGCGACCCUCCUGUGCAGGGAAGAAACAUAUCCCCCGAGAGGACGAAAAAAAAACACAGAAAAAAUGUGCACAUGUAUUACUCCAGCCACAUGCAUCAGAAUUUAAGAGAAGACCCCAAGGUGGUGAAGCGUAUUUUAACGCAGUGCCUAAAUGGUGUGACAACAUCCCCCCUUGUCAGUUAUGAAAAAGAGGAGGACUCCGUGGUGGUGAAUACCAAGUGGGGGUCACCAAGUGAAGCAAGGAAAGAACUACCUCGAGGGCAUCAUUCCAGGGAAGAAUUAAUCUACACGAAUGAUGAAGACGUCACCAAAAUGAGUAGAAAAAAAAAGAAGACAAGAAUUUUUUUUAAAUUUGAACCUUUUAUUAUUCACGUGAAGUGUGUAAACUUGGUGAGUGCACUGAGGUUGCUGAAGGUGGCACAGAUGGCUGGUCUGAAGCAGAGCGGCCUGUUGAAUUUUAACCGUGAUGUUACUGUGGCAAUUAGGGGGUCCAUGCGCCUGGAGCAUUAUGUGGACGAUGCGCUUUCAUUGGAGGAGAACUCCAUCGCCAAGCUGCUUGAUGUGUGCAAUGGGAAGAUGAAUCACAAUUUGAGGCAGCUUGUGGGGUUUUACCACUGCUAUAGGGAGAGUAUGGUCGGGGGUGGUUCCAAGUGGCAGCCCCUCCACUUGUCCCAAUUGCAGUGUGAGAAAUGUGCGCAGAUGUGCGGUUGCAGCCAACGGGAAGAACAUCCUCCUCAGCAAAGCAUCAAAAAUGACCUUGCCGGGUCAGGCGAAAGUGAAGAAAAAAAUGGGAGCCCCAUCACCCUGCCAGACACGCAAUGGGAGAAAAACAGAUCGACGAAGGAAAAAAAAAAAAAAAAGAAAGAAAAAGAAAAAGGAGAAAUAUAUUUGAACAAGUACGACAUAGAACUGUCGGACGAGGGACACAUACGGACUGGGACCUGUCCAAUGGGAGCAGACUCCUCACUGGAAUGGAAGCUCCUUUCGAGUGAAGGGGACCUGGACAAGCUCUUCGUUUGGGGCCAUGAUAUGUUUAUAGAAGAGGGAAAGAUUUACCUGUUUGGUGGGUUUGCUAAGGGAGUCAGGAGUAGGCAGUUGAAAGUAUUCGACGUUGGGAGGAAGCACCUUAGGACCUACGAGACGCCGUUGCCCGCUCUGUCUUACCAUUCCUUCUUCCGCCUAGACAGUAACUAUGCGUGUGUGUUCGGUGGUAGGAGGAGCCCGGAAAGUUGCACGAGUGAUGUGUGGUUGUAUGACAUGCGAAGGAAUGCAUGGUGUGAUGUGAAGUGGAGAAGUAGUGGUGAGAAACGUCAUGGGGAUGGGUGCGGAAAUAGCGAGGACUCCUCCCAGCCCUGCGGUCGCUACCGACACGCGUGUGCAUUGGUGCGCAGGUACCGCAAGAAGCAGAAGGAGGUUUACGUAUUCUAUGUGCAUGGAGGCGUUACGGAGAAGAAUGAAGUGUUGAAUGACCUAUGGGAGGGGAAGCUCACCGUUCAGGUGGACACGUCCAUGGGGACAACUGCUUUUAUCGAAUGGGAGAGGAAGCACUCCUCAGAGAAGGCCACAGAGGGGAGCACGGAGGCCCCUUCCCCAUGUCUAAAGAACCACACCAUGGUGUAUAAUAAAAGGAGAAACUUGAUUUACAUCGUCGGGGGGUGUUCUUCUUCCAGAGCUGCAGGUGCGCACUCGAGUCAGGCUUGUAACGAAGAUCGUAUGGAAUAUUUGUAUACCUACGAUGUGAAGAGGGACUGUUUUUUUUACGUUCCCUGUGGAGGCAGCGGGGAGGAUGGCCCAGCGGCCUUACCAUUGAAUCGAUUCUCGCAUGCGACAUGUGCUUGGGGGCACAACGACUUUGUCCUUAUGGGAGGCCUCAACAUGCAUCGCACGCUGAACGACGUAUGGCUCUUUCGCAUGAAGCAGAACAAGUGGUACCGGCUGGGUGUGUUCCCCUUCCAUAGUAUGUACGUGAGGGCGAAGGUUGCCAGUGAGGGGGACUACCUGUACGUGGUCGGAGGCGGGUGCACCGUCUUUACCUUCGGGAGCUUUUUUGACUUGCCCGUUGUAGCUAACUGCAGGCGCGCUCUGCUCGAACAGGGGGUCGGCAUGGGUGUCGACCAGGGGGUAAGCGAAUGGAAACAUAAAGAAGUGGACAACCCGGCAGACAACAGCGCGGAUCAAGAAGCGGGAGAGGCGCCCGAUUUGGCCACAUCAUAUUUUUCCCUCCAGCAGAGGAGACAGAGGCCACGAAGAACGUCCCCGCGGAGUGCUAGUCAGAUACGAAUGGACACCCACGCAGGGAAGAAGACACAGCAGGAUGUAUUGUACCUCAUUGCAAAGGACAGAAUCUACGUGAAGGAGGUGAAGACCGCUCUGGAGAGGAUAGGGGUAUUCGAUAAGCGUCGCAAAAUUGAGGUCCUCAAGGGACGUACAAGUGGUGAAAAAGAUGAGGACUCCUUUUUGGUCCCAGUUUUGGAAAAAAUAGAAACAAGAAAAAAUUAUGAACAGGUCAGGCGAGUUUUUCCAUUUGAGAAGGUACAGCUUACAAAAGAGGGGCAUAUUUUCUACAUACAUAGAAGUUCGAAAGGGGUGGAGGAAAAAACGAGUUUGAAGCAAUGUCUGACGAAUCUGUUUUACAAUUUUGCUAAUGGGAUGGUGAAGAAAUACUUGAGCGAGUCCGAGAGGAAGCUCAUCGUCAGGGCUAGUGCCAAGUACGAAGUUGUUGGAGGCAUUGUGAUUUUCCACUACAAGCAUGUGGGCCCGAUUCUCCAUCUCUACCGCACGUGUGUGGAGGGCAUCGCGUUGAAGUAUACGGACAGGGGCACGGGGAAGUAUUCCCGCCUUAGGACUCUUCUGAAGAAGUGCAGACGUAUGAAGGUCAUCUCAUAUGUGGACGCGCUUUGGCUGGACGUGAGGGACGCGUUCAACCGAUUUCGUUUCCGAGGUGGUCACACAACGGGGGCGGCCAGGAGGAAGGAAAGGCUGCGCAUGAGGUGUAAUGGAACGUUUCUUAAAUUUUCGAGCCUGGCCAGGAGGCGCACCGUGCUGCGCAGUGUGGCGGCUUCAUCCCUGUGGAGUAGCGCAUCCCCCUGUCGCGGCACAGAACAGUGCUCUUGUGGGGGCAGGGAAAAAUGUCAUUCUUGGGGGAGAGAAAAAGUGUGUCUUCUUAACCACCCCUGGUGCUCCCUUACGUACGUGGGACGGCGCGCAGUAAAGGUGGAGCUGGUAGCCCAAAUAAAGAAGCAAUUGAAAGACGUACGUGAGAGUAAAGUAGGAGGAAAGAACAACCCUGCAGGGAACAGGAUCAAAGCAAUAACCAUAUACGAACGCAUAGAAGGAGAGAAGAGAAAAAAUAGAAUCCACUUAGUGCUCGGAAGGAACGCAAAAACAAUACACGUAGAAAAUAAUGUUGUGUACAAGCUGGACUUGCAGAAGUGUAUGUUCUGUUCAGGCAAUGGAACGGAAAAGGAGCGGAUGCAGAAUCUCUACUUGCAUCGAGCUAACAUGGUGGUGAGCCAGGAAAACGUCGCUGAUUUAUUUUGUGGUGUUGGGUACUUCACUCUACCUCUGCUAAAGUUUGUUGGCGAGGGAAAAAUAAAAGAAUAUUUCGCCUGUGAUAUUAAUGGAGAUUCUUUGAGAUUGUUGAAGAGUGCAGUAGGGUUGAAUAAAAUUAAGAAAACUCAUUUGCAUAUAUUAAGACAGAACUCGUUUGUAGUCACGAAGAAUGCGCAGCUUGUUCGAAGGUGCCAUCGUGUUCUCCUCGGUUUGUUGCCGCAUAGCGUAGAGGCCUGGUGCAAUGCAUUUCAUCUGUUGGACGGUACAGUGGGGGGUACACUUCAUAUACAUGGAGUUGGGGAGAACGUCUUUGAAGAAGUGUUCGUCUCGCGAGUCUAUACAUAUGAUUAUGUGCAGAGUGUGAAACGGGUUAGCGAGACUGAUGUCAGGAAUAUGUCCUUGACUGAGUUGGUUCAACACGGGCUCCAUGUGACGGACGGACCGCAGAGUGCAACAACCUCCAUUGAGCAGUCGUGUCCCCGUGGUGGGGCCAAAUUGGGGAAGAAGGCGAAGGACCCCUACAGAGGGAACAACGUCCCUGCGAGUCUCCACUUUGCCCAGUUCGUGCUGCUGGAAUUUUUUAAGCUGGCCCUGAUGGACUACCUAGCGCAUAAGAAGCACUGGGUUGUGUCAAUACUACAUGUGGAGCGCGUUAAGUCCUACGCGCCGCGUCUUUUUCAUUAUGUCGUGGACGUGCGCUGCGUUCCGGAGGAGCGCGUGGGGGAAGAAGUGUAG